AUGUCUAGAAUUAGUGAUUUUGAAAUACUCAAUCGUUUGGGUGAAGGAUCCUAUAGUUAAGUUUAUAAAGUUAUCAGGAAAUCAGAUCAACAAGUUUAUGCUAUGAAGAAAGUUAAACUAUUUGAUUUAAAAGAAAAAGAGAAAGAAAAUGCUCUUAACGAAGUUAGAAUAUUGGCUUCAUUUGAUGAUCCCAAUAUUAUUAAUUACAAAGAUGCUUUUAUUAAUGAUAAUAUGUUAUACAUAAUUAUGGAAUUUGCUACAUAAGGUGAUUUGCAGAAUAAAAUUAAAUAAACUGGUAAUCAAUUAUUCCCUGAAACAGAAAUAUGGAAAGCAUUAUAUUAAAUUACAAAAGGGUAUAUUAUAUUAUUUAAUUUAGUCUCAAGAAAUUACAUGAUAAUAAAAUUGUUCAUAGAGAUUUAAAAACUGCAAAUAUAUUUAUAUCUAAUGGUAAUUAUAAAUUAGGAGAUUUGAAUGUCUCUAAAGUAACUAAAAAAGGUUUUGCAUAUACUUAAACUGGAACUCCCUAUUAUGCAAGUCCAGAAGUAUGGAGAAAUGAAGCAUAUAAUUCUAUGAGUGAUAUUUGGAGUUUAGGAUGUGUAAUCUAUGAAAUGGCUUCACUUAAAUUACCAUUCAAAGCUCCUGAUUUAUAAGCAUUAUGCAAUAAAAUCUAAAGAGGACUCUUUGAAUGUUUACCUAAAUAAUACUCUAGAGACUUAUAAUAAAUUAUUGUCUAAAUGAUCUAGGUUCAUCCUAUGAAGAGAUUAUCAUGUAAUUAAAUUCUAUAAUCUCCCCUUCUUAUUAAUAAUUUAAAAGUAAUACCACCAAUAGAAAAACAAACUUCUAAAGCUGAAUUACUCUAAACUAUCAAAUUAUAAUAAAUAUAACUACCCAAAUCGAAUUAUAAAGAAGAACCUACUAAAAAAACUGUUGAAUAACCAAGAAUUAAUUAAAGAGCACAUAGUGCAUGUAUCUUAAUUCAUAAUUAUUGUUAGUACCUGGAUAAAUUAAAGAAAAGAAUUUAUCUCCAAUGAAUAAUUAAGGAAAUUAUCCUUCUGCUCCCAGAAAAAAAGGAGAACAACCAUCUACUCCUAGUACUAGAAUAUAAAGUAGUGCUCCAAGUUAAAGAGAUAGAGAAAGAAUGCUUUAAGAAUAAUUAAAAAUAGAACUUUAAAAAGAAUAAUAAAAACUUAUUAAUUAAAGAUAAUCAAUAAAAAAUAAUAAUUAAUCUAUACCUACUGAAGUUAUUCGUUAAUAGAUUGUUCAAUAACAUAAAAAAGAAGAUCUAAAAAAUGAAGACAAACAUUCAAAUUAAAGAUAAAAAUCUGUUGAUACUAAUAAAAAAGAGAGAUUAAUUGUUUCUGCAUAACCAAAAUAAUAAAUCUAAUAAAAUGUUUAAGCCUAAGAAACAUUAUAUCAAACAUAACCUUCUGAAUUUAUUGUUGCAGGAUUAAAAAAUAUUAAUCCUUAAUCGAUAUAAUCUAUAUUAUGUUAACCUGUCUUGGAAAUUGGAGAAAGUCCUUUUCCAUAAAGAGCAAAAGUUAAAAAAUAAGAAUAAAUUAAUAAUCAUUAACAUUAUUUCCCUAUAUAAGAAGAAUUUUCUGAUCGUAAAUUAGUUAAAGGAAAGACUAAUAUAUGA